AUGACGGCUGUUGACUCAUAUCCAGCGGCUAUGCAUUCUGAAAUAUUCUCGGAAAGCAAUCAUACCUUGCUGCUGGAAACCAACAGCACUACACAGGCUGAGGCAAAGAAAGGUAGCUGUAGGUGCUGGAAUUCAACCGAUGACUUCUUAGAAGAGAUACACUGUAAAUGCGAGGGUUCGUCUAUAGUAAGGAUUCCUCAGAAGCUAACAACGAUGCAGAAACUCAUCUUGGAAAACAUCGGCAUUAAGCGGCUACGCGAGAAUGCUCUUGUAGUGUAUGCAGAUGAGUUACGAGACUUAUUUCUUAUGUACCUAAAAGAUUUUCAUCAUAUCGAAGCGAGAGCCUUUUCUAAACUGAAAAAUUUACGGACAAUUUAUAUAGCCCAUGCGCCGAGAUUAGAGUUUCUCGAACCCAACGUAUUCGAAGGGAUAUCCACCAAGCUUAAAACAUUACGCAUCAUCCACUGUGGGCUGCUGGCGGUACCGGAUAUGCGAAUGCUUUCAGACCGCAUCAUUCUCCACAUGGUAGAUUUAGAUAGUAACCAAAUCCGGCAGAUACCUGAGAGAGCCAUACGUAUAAAGACUGAUGAAUUAAUACUAGAUAAUAAUGAAAUUUCGCACAUUCAUGGUUACGCAUUCAACGGUUCGGAAAUGGCCAAACUGAGCCUCAAACUCAACUUUAAAUUAAAGCAUAUUCAUCGGCGGGCUUUUGCUGGAAUUCAAAACAUCAGAGAACUUGACCUUUCCAGCACGGCAAUUGAAGCGAUGCCAUCCGAUGGGCUGAACGAUCUGGAGACGCUUCGAAUACAAAACACCCACUCACUCAAAACAAUCCCUUCCGUUUACAACUUUAAGAACUUGCAAACCGCCUACCUGACACAUUCAUUUCACUGCUGUGCGUUCAAGUUUCCCGCUCGUCACGACCCAACGGGACAUGAAGAGGAUCUGCGGCGAUUUCACGACGGGCAGAAGGAGUGCAUUGCAAAGGGAUUUGCAAUACCAAGUGUACAUACGGUACGAACAGCAGAUCAGAUGUCCGACCAGGACGCUCCCCGGCGCAGAAAACGUCAUGCUUCGUUAAGUGUACAAGGUUUCGGUCGGAUGCGUGUGUUAGCACAGCAUCUCUCUGACGAUGGUGGAUUAGAAGGAUCCGCCGUAAUGAGUUCUCUAGGAAAUGAUGUAGUUGGAGGGGAAAGUUUCUUUCAACCGAUUACAGGUUUUCCAAUUGACGAUAAUGUUCUUCGGGACGACAUUUCAGACUCGUAUUCCGAAGAACCUUUUCCAGGUGAAUUUCAUCAGGCCAUACAACCAUCCUCAAUGGAGGCACUUUGCGGGAAUUUAACACCAACAACGUUUGAUGUGAAAUGCUUUCCCAUGCCAGACGCGUUGAAUCCGUGUGAGGACGUAAUGGGCUCACAUUGGUUGCGUGGCUCCGUAUGGGUGGUAGUGCUAUUGGCUGUAUUCGGGAAUGUUGCGGUGCUUGUGGUGUUGUUUUCAAACAGAUCUGACAUGACGGUACCACGAUUUUUGAUUUGCCACCUGGCAUUUGCAGAUUUAUGUAUGGGAUUAUAUUUACUGCUCAUUGCUUCGAUUGAUGCUCAUUCUAUGGGGGAGUAUUUCAACUUUGCGUUUGAUUGGCAGUACGGAUCUGGUUGUAAAGUUGCGGGCUUUCUAACGGUAUUCGCUAGUCAUCUUUCAAUUUUUACUCUUACCAUCGUGACGCUCGAACGCUGGUUUGCUAUAACUCACGCAAUCUAUUUGAAUCAUCGAAUUAAACUUUCGGCUGCGACCUACAUCAUGAUAUCGGGAUGGAUAUACUCCAUCGUGAUAGCCGCGCUGCCUUUGUUUGGCAUAAGUAAUUACUCUUCGACUAGCAUCUGUUUACCUAUGGAAGCACGGGAUAAUUGGGAUAUUGCCUAUCUGUUGACAGUACUAUGUCUCAAUAAUCUAGCGUUCAUAAUUAUAGUGAUUUGUUAUGCCCAAAUAUAUUUCUCGCUGGGGAAAGAAACUAGACAUGCUGCCCGAACAGCACAUCACGGUGAAAUGACAGUAGCGAAAAAAAUGGCCUUGCUAGUGUUUACGAAUUUUGCAUGCUGGGCUCCAAUAGCUUUUUUCGGACUGACUGCCAUUGCGGGGUAUCCGUUGAUAGAUGUAACAAAAUCGAAAAUUUUACUAGUAUUCUUUUACCCACUGAACUCUUGUGCCAAUCCAUAUUUAUACGCUAUAAUGACCACGCAAUAUAGGAAGGAUCUCUAUAUGCUUUUAUCCAACUAUGGACUAUGCACUCAGCGAGCUCAGCAGUACAAAAUGACUUAUUCGUUGCCGACUAACACGAUACAAAUUAUUCCCGCGAGGGGUUCAAUCACCACAACCACUAUAAAUUCUAACGCAUUCGGUACAAUCAUUAGUAACACUGCAACAGAAGUGAAUGGAGCUAACAAACCAAUGACAAUCAACAAUUCAACCAACAAUGGGAACGGUCAAACCAACAUCGUGGAAGCGGUUGAGGAAGAAAAUGAAACUUUUCUGUGA